AUAUAUAUACACAUAUAUUUCUCCAUUUUCUUCCCUAUCUCUUCCACCAUAUCCUCUACGGCCACCGAUUGUAUAUUCCACCCACCUCUCUCUCUCUCUCUAAACAUGAGGAGGAACUGCAAUUUGGAACUCCGCCUUGUGCCGCCGUCGCCAUUCCUUUUUUCCGAUCACCACCAUGACCGUCAAGAAACACCCAGGUUUGAUCGAUUUAGUGAAGGAAUGGAACUAACGCUCGCCGGAGAUUCGACGGAGAAACAGCAGAACCACCAGCAGCUGACGAUUUUCUACGGGGGGAAGGUCAGCAUUUGUGACGUCACUGAGCUUCAGGCAAGGACGAUAAUAAAGCUAGCAAGCGAAGAGAUGGAGGAGAAAUGGAGAAGAACACCAGGCUCAACUCCUUCUUCGGAGCCGUCUUCACCACUGAUAUCGCCUCCGGUGUGUAGCCCAGCUGGGCUUUCCAUGAAAAGAUCGUUGCAGAGGUUCCUCCAAAAGAGAAAGCAUAGGAUCCAAGCAACUUCGCCUUACCAUCACUAGCUUAUGAUAAUACAUAUACAAGUUCUGAUUAACAAGUUACGUUCCAUAGUUUAGUUCAGAAGCGAUGGCGAGUUUCCUCAUGGGUUGUGUUUUGCUCGUAAGACAAUGUGAAUUAUGUAUUAGUCAAACUAAAAUCAGUCGAAAUCAUGUUGACUUGUCGACUAUGUACUUGUAUUACAUUUGUUUGUUUGUUCGUUUUCAAAUUUUGUUGGGCAUGAAGGCGUAAAAAGCAUACGUUUUUGUCAUCGGUUA